CGAAUGCUGAUAAAGCGGCCAAUACGGCUAUACAUGCUGUUGGGCCUGUUUUUAUCGUUCUUGCGAUCGGUCUGAUUGGACUUGCUAUUAUUGUAUAUUUUACUGUAGUAUUUCCGUCAUUUUAUACAUGGGACGAAGAUUAUAUUUGGACAAAAAUCUAUUAUUAUAUGGGUUUAAUAUUUAGUAUAUAUAUGAUUAUCUGCAUCUUUUUUCAUUAUUAUAUGGCUGUGAGAACAAAACCUGGUGGUGUAUUAAAUGCUGGCACUGGACAAUCGGAAUCCGAUGAUCCAACAUUACAAGGUUUAUUUCUUGAAUUGGAGGAAUAUCAAGAAUUUCCAAAAACAUGCAAAAAAUGUCACCUUCCAAAACCUGAACGUGCUCAUCAUUGUUCUGUUUGUAGGAAAUGUGUGUUAAGAUUCGAUCAUCAUUGUCCUUGGAUAGCGAAUUGUGUUGGAUAUUUUAAUCAUCGUUACUUUUUAUUAUUCAUGACUUAUUUGGUUAUUGGAUGUUUUUAUUUCGCGAUUGUUGGAUGGAAACCAUUUUUAUUAAGUUUGGAAGAAACUGGGGUUAUUAUAAUUAAAUUUAUCGUGAAAUAUAAAAAUAGAUUAAUAAAUACCUAA